CUUCACAGGGAGAAGCGUAUCGCUGAGCAACGCAGGGAGAUAAGGCCGACGCACAGAGCCAGACGAGCUGCAGCAGCAGGGCUGGGCUCCUCUCACACACACGCGCGCACACACACACACACCUUCAACUGAAACACACAGCAGAAAGGAAAAGGGAUGGCCUAUAGGCGUGUUGUGUUGUCAGCAGUCGAUCGGCAGUGAGCUACCUGGACCAGAGGUGUGUACCAGCGGCAGCAGCAGGUUGCAGAUAUGAGUGUGACCUCGUGGUUCCUGGUGAGCAGCGGGGGGACUCGGCACCGUCUCCCCCGGGAAAUGAUCUUUGUCGGCCGGGAUGACUGCGAGCUCAUGCUACAGUCCCGCAGCGUGGAUAAGCAGCAUGCGGUCGUCAACUAUGAGGCUGGGACAGACGAACACAAGGUCAAGGACCUGGGCAGCCUGAAUGGGACCUUUGUUAAUGAUGUCCGCAUCCAGGAGCAGAUGUACAUCACUCUGAAGUUGGAGGACAAGCUGCGGUUUGGAUAUGAUACCAAUCUGUUCACGGUGGUGAGAGGAGAGCUCACUGUGCCUGAGGAGGCUCUAAAGCAUGAAAAAUUCACCAGCAGCCUCCAGCUCAGCAAGAAGCCGCCCAGCGUUGAAACCACUUCCACCACAACCACAAGCAAGUCCCCCAUUAAGACCCCAACAAAGACACCAAAGUCUCCCAGCAGCACCAGCACCCCGAAGCCAGCGGAGAGGAGUCCCACAGACGGGGUGACUUCCUCCAAAGAGCCAGCAGCUAAACCUGUGGACUCACACAAAGCAGAGGAGAGGUUAGCAGGGGAUGCUGCAGCGCUGCCUCGUGGGACCCCACUCUACGGACAGCCGUCUUGGUGGGGGGAUGGGGAUGCAGAUGAUGAGAACUCCUUCAAACAGGAAAUCAAGUCAUCCAGCAAAAAACAUGACAGCUCCAUGUCAGACAGCAAAGAGGCUCGUCGAGGGGAUAAAUCUAAACAGGACAGCCUAAAUGCGUCGUCCGCCAACGAUUCCAGUUACUUUGAGAUGCCUACCAAGGAGGGUCACAUCGCCAAUAACGGCAUCCAUGAGGUUCCCACCAAGGACACAGAGGGCACUGCAGCUCAAGGUCACGCCUCCUUCACCAUAGAGUUUGACAGCACUUCUCCAGGGAAAGUCACCAUUAAAGACCACGUGUCAAAGUUCACACCCGACCACCACAGGUCUCGCUCCAAGAAGAGUGGAGCAGGAAGUGGGGGAGCUUCAGGGAGGGACUUAAGCACGCUGCAAGCCGCCAUGAUGGCCUCAGAGAGCAAGGUGGCUGAUUGGCUGGCCCAGAACGACCCGACUCUGGUGCGCAGCGAGUCCACGGAGGACGACAGCAAGAGCAUCAAGAGCAUCAAGAGCGAUGUGCCGGUCUAUCUCAAGAGGCUCAAAGACAGCAAGCAUGAUGAUGGGACCCAGAGUGACUCAGAGAAUGGACUGGGUCUACGUUUUGCAAACCGCCGCUCCGCCCUGGAGGAACGCCUAAAAGCAGUGCACGGCCUCGCGGGAACCGGAGGUGGAAACAUCACAACGAGCGUAGCCAGAACAGGUGGCAGCCGCACUUCCUUCAUGAUCGAGUUAUACGACGAGGAAAACCCUCGCAAGCGCCGUUCGUAUUCAUUUUCCCAGACUGCACCUCUGCAGGGGAUAGGAGCUGGCGGGGAGGCCCUGUUUCCCCAGCCUCCCUCUCACCCCAAGGUGUUCAGCAUUUCUACUUCUGCCUCCACAACCUCUGACUCAGGUAAGGUCCCCGCUCCGCUGUCAGCCACAGUGACUGCUGGCGCCCCUACGGCUGCCCGCGUCCUUCUCAAGCAGAGGUCAGAGGACCUGAGUAUCGGGCGCUGCUCGGUCAGUACCGGGCUGGCAACAGGAAGCCCCACGAGCCCCAGUGAGGACGCUUCGGUGGUGGGGAGGGGGGGGGGCAGCGCUGAAGGGGAGGCAGAGGACGACCACAGCGAUAAGGGGACCUACACUAUAGAACUGGAGAACAGGAACGCAGAAGAAGAGGAGGCCAGGCGCAUGAUAGACAAGGUGUUUGGUGUGCAGCAGAACCAGGACUCCUCUCUUCUGUCAGACCUGAAGGGAGAAGAUAAAGGAAAGGAGACAGGAGAGACGGGGAAAGAGGCUCUCACUGGCGACUCGAGCUGGGUCUCUGAGUGGGCCAGUCUAGCUGCCAAUCACACCAGGACAGACCCGGAGGGCUCAGGAGCAGAAACAGCCGCCUUCCUCCACAAAGAGAGAGUCACUGAUGCCUUUGGGUCCGGUGCAUCCCUCAGCCGAGGUGAAUCCUCCUCCAGUCUGACCGACCGUAAGCGCAGGACCCUCCCCCAGCUCCCCGUGGAUGACCCCCGGGCUAAAUCCAGCGCCAAAGCUCUUGGUCUAAGGUCCGAGAUUGGGGAGAAACAAGACACUGAACCCCAGGAAAAAGAAAACAAGGGAGACGGGGAGUCCCCGAGCCCCAUGAGGGACGCUGAGAUGACCGGUAAACGUAAACAGAGCUCCACGUCCUCGCCAUCCAAGGCUUCUCUCCGGUCCUCUGGCAGCACUGAGCGGAGGAAGAGGUCAGAGGAGAGGAAAGGAGGAGGAUCAGGGUCAGGAGAAGGAGGAGAGAAGUCUGGGAAACCUCUGGUGCGCCAAGGCAGCUUCACAAUUGAGAAACCCAGCGCUAAUGUCCCUACAGAGCUCAUCCCCCGCAUCAACAGAGGCGGCGGGCGCGAACGCAGCGACUCCGUGGGCAGCAUGGACACCGCCACGCUGCUGAAGGACACUGAAGCUGUCAUGGCGUUCCUGGAGGCCAAACUCAGGGAUGAAAAUAAAACAGACCACAAAAGUAGUAAAAGUUCUGCCCACAAUCGGACUGAAUCCAUCUCCCCUGAGUCAGAUGUUGACACGGCCAGCACAACUAGCCAUGUGGCCGGAGAGGCGGAGAGAAAAGGCGGUGGCGAUCACAAACGGCGCUCCUUCAGCAGCAUGCACCGGGAGAAGAGCACCAUUAGCACAGCGUCCAAGACCAGCACCACCACCGCGAGUGCCCGUGACCGCUUGGAGAGGAAGACUAAAACGAGAACUACAGAGUCGACCGGCCGGACUGAUGCACGGCGCUCCGUUCAGCCGUCCUCCAGAGCCCGGCAGCCUUCCGUGGAUCUCACUGAUGACGACCAGACGUCCUCCUUCCCCAUCUCUGACAUCCUCUCCUCAGACCAGGAGACGUACUCUGGACCUAUGGGGCGCUCAGCACACGGACGUGCCUCGGAUGAUGUUCUCAAUUCCAAAUUCAAUAAAACCUCCACCAGUGGAAUGUCCAAAACCAGGAGCUCUGUGCAGUCCGCCACCUCCUCCUCCAUGAGCAAGCAGGCCGCCCUGCCUCAGCCGCGGCCCACCAGAGCCUCCCUCCUGCGCCGCGCCCGGCUGGGGGACACCUCCGACACGGACCUGGCUGACGCAGACAGGGCGUCCGUAGCCUCUGAAGUGUCCACCACCAGCUCCACCUCUAAGCCUCCAUCUGGACGGAAAGGAUUGUCGCGAUUCGACAUGCUGGCUCAGCCCCGGCGGACCCGUCUGGGCUCCAUCUCGGCCCGCAGUGACUCAGAGUGUCUGGUGAGCCGGAGCUCCACCUCUUCACCCCGCCUGUCAGCAGAGACCGCUCUGCGUCUGGGGCUCCGCUCGUCAACACCAACUGAAAGCAGACUGACGCCCAGGAUGAGAGCCAAUAGCGUGUCCAAACUGAAUGAGACCAAGACCAAGACCAAUGCAGCAGGGUACUGCUCGCCCACAGAGAGCUCUCAGCCCGAUCCUGAGGGCGGUGAUGCAGAGGAGGAGCUGAUGGUGGCCAGCAGCAGCCGGUGGAAACGUCUGCCUCCGGAGUACGGCUCCACCUCAGAGGAAGAGUUUGGCUCCAACAGGAACUCCCCGAAGCACGGAGGACGCUCCCACAUGCGCCCUCACCACCUGACCCCCCACCGCAGCUCCAGACUCAGCACCAGCAGCCCCGGCUCCAGCGUGGUGACGGGGCCGGGCGGAGUAGUGAUGAAACACCGCAUGAGAGAGCAGGAGGAGUACAUCAAGGACUGGACCGCACACAGCGAGGAGAUCGCAAGGUUGUUCCCCUGUGUGCGUAGGAUCAGCCAGGACCUGGCUAAGGACCUGGCCAUCUUAGCGCGUGAGAUCCACGACGUGGCGGGCGAGAUCGACUCCGUCAGCUCCUCCGGCGCUGCACCCAGCACCACGGUCACCACCGCCGCCACCACCCCGGGAUCAGCCAUCGACACUCGGGAAGAGGUAGGCCCUGCACGGCCCACGCAGCCGGACAUACAGGAGGGCAUGAGAAAGUUGGUGGAUCGGGUGUUUGAUGAGAGCCUGAACUUCAGGAAGAUCCCGCCUGUGAUUUCAACCAAUAAGGCUCCAGAGAUCAACGGUAAGCCAGUGGAGCUCCGCCCCCGGGCCCCUGACACUCUGGAGCCCCGAGCGCUGAGGAGACGCACCUGGAACCGAGAGGAGGCCGUGUUGGACAGCCUGCUGCUCAACUCAGUUUCCCAGCUGUCCACUAAGAUCAGGCACUCCAUCGACAAAACAGCAGGAAAAAUCAGGAUUUUGUUUAAAGAUAAGGACAGGAACUGGGACGAAAUUGAGAGUAAACUGCGGACAGAGAGUGAGAUACCAAUGCUGAAAACCACCAACAAGGAGUUCUCCUCAAUUCUGUUGGAAUUGAGGAGAGUUGAGAAGCAGCUUCAAGUGAUCAAUGUGAUGGUGGACCCUGAUGGGACCCUGGAUGCUCUGGCCAGCCUGGGCCUGACCAACCCCACGACUCCCACCAAGCCCCUAACGGCCAAAACAACUGCCACCAGCCCGGGGUCUGCUCCCCCAGCCAAAGAGUCCCUGCUGGAGACCCUCCCGGGGCCCGGAGCCUCUGCCAGGGUCCAGGUCUCCUCUGCCAUCACAGAGGAGACGGCUCGAGACCCCGGCCUGAGUCUCAGUCUGACGGCGGUCGGGGGGCGGCCCUUCAACCGCAUGAGGCCGAGCGGAGAGGAGGCCAUCGCACAGAAGUGAAGUUUCAAUGUCAUGUGAAUAAACUUUUGAUUUGGAGUGAAAGCGGCUAGUUAUCAGAACAACAAAGAAACAUUCAAACAGUUGCCAUUCAGCUGACUUAACCACUCCAGGAAUAUAACACAAACACAAUUUAGUUCAAGUUUCACCAGACCUGUCCGGAAAUGAAGUGCUUCAGCUGACUGUAACCCAAACCGAUGCAACAUGGAUACACCCUCAUAUGGAAAUUCACCCAUGAGUGAUUUGGAGGAUCCUUUCAGCUGUUAUUGCUCACAGGACAACCUCAAGCUACCUGGCUGCUCUCAGUGGACACAUCUCUGUUCAGUCUCUCUCCUCCUCUUGCCUUCUCCAUGUGUCUGGACCCCACCUACACUAAGGACAUGCCUUAAAACACUUCCUCUAUAGUAGCCGCCCCUCAACCUCAAAUAAUAUACAGAACAACUUUAUUACAGUACUUUCAGACAAACAGAAUGCAUUGUAACAUAACAUCUUAUGCAGAAUAAGUUUUAUUUACACUAUGCUGGAACACUGCAGUGAUUUUAUAAGCUCUUGUUCAAUACAAAGGAUAUGUCAGCAGCCUUAUAGCCGACCCCAACAUACAUGUUUUAUGCCUAAAAGAUAACCCUAACCGUCCAUUGAUGCGUCUCUGAAACUGACUGACUAAUAAGUAGUGCCUCCCAAUAUCUGUGCCCCCCUGUUUCUCCUUCUUUCAUUAUGUUUUACUCUUUCCCUCCCUUCCUUUUCCUCCCAAAUAGAACAAGAUUGUCCCUCCAGUAGCAUGUACAGGACCGAGCUGAGAGCUUUCCUCCUGCAAGUUGGUGUCUGUGUUGAUCUUACUAAUACUGAAUGGUAGUUUUACACAAGAGUAGUAACGGCCUUUGGGAAACCAAUGAUCAUUUUCAGGCUAAAUAAUCACUUACCAAAGUUAACACGUCGUGUUAUUUUCAAACAGUGGAGCCAUCUUGAAAUGUGUUGUGCAAAAACCUGAGAAUCUGAAUUUAAAAUAUGGCAAUUCAUCUCAUACGUCUCAUAUUCCUCUGCAGUUCAUCCCUUUCUCUGAAUGUCAAGAUCAUUUUCAUUCAAAAAGCAUAUUUAUUUUAAUGAAACACUAGUUUAAUCAUCGCUGCCAUCUUGUUUUUGGCCCAUGUGACAUUGCCUCUGAGAAUCUGUGCCCUUUCCACUCAAGUGCCCUAUGAUUUCCAAUUGGCUUUUUUCUACUUUUUACAGUUGCGGGUGAUUUUUUUAAAUAAGUAAUGAUGAGAAAAAAACAAACAUGGUUCCAACUAAAUAUUUUAUAAUAUUUAAAUACUGAUAUUGUAGAUAUUUUAAACCUUUUACUUUUUAAUACUUAAAAUGCACAUUCUCACAUUACAACGUUUUUUAUCACGCCCUACUGUAUAUACACACAAAACCUAAAAAGCUACUGGAAUUGGUUUUAAGGAACUCUUUGUUGAAGAAAGUUUUGGGGAACGUCAGCGAGUAGAAAUGAACACAGCUUUGAAAAUAAGCCCCUGUCUACUCUAUCUAUUUAGCUUGUAAUGCGGCUCAUAUCAGGGUAUAACGUUGCAUUGUUCUUCACCAAGGAGGGGGAUUUCCAAGGUAAUGAUACUGUUGAGACAAUAUGGUUAACCUCACUUUCAUUGCAUUUGCUGCUUUUCUUUAUGGGACUAACCAUUUUUCUAAUUUCCCCUUCAGCGUAUAGUCUGUGUUCUAGAGCAAGAUGACUUAAAGGCAGUGUAUUAGUACUUAGAUGCUCUUGCAAUAGUGAAUUUAGGUACCAGAAUACGUUCAUUUUGUUCUCUCUAUACUGUACUGUACAUUUUUUUUCAAUGCCUCGAAGUGCCCGUGUUGACUAUUCAAGGGCAUUGAUUAAAAGAAAAGAAAAAGACGUAGCUGUCUGAAAGAUUUCUCUUAUUUUGCACAUCAGAUUGUGGCGUUUUUCAUACAGAAGAAGUGAAGAAGCAGUGGGGGGCUGCAUCAAAUGUCAAUUGGUUUGACAGGAAUGAUAUCACUUUGAUAUGAGAAGUGACUGCCUUGCCACUCUGGAGCUUUUCUGUCUGUAAAAUCAAAGCCGCUAAUCAUGAUUUCCCCCUCCCCCCAUUGUAUCAAAAGACAUGAAAUGAGGGGACUGUGAAUGCUAGGUACAUGUUUAUUUUUGAAAUUCUACAUGUGUCAUCUGAUCAGUGUUCUUUGUCAUUUUUGUAAAGAAAAAACAUCAUUUUAUUUUAUUUAUUUUUUGUUUAAUAUUCUGUGGAUUUGUCAUGUAUUUUAUAUUUGUUCCACUAUCUGCAAUGUUUCUUACUGUUAAUAAAACAGAGCCAUUCA